AUGGCACCGUUUGUUGUCAAUCGUACAACAGAGUUAUACCUGAGGAAUAUAAUAGCAUUUGAAGACCGUCACAUUCCAGAUCAAGAUCCACAUUUCCGAGAUCAAGAUCCACAUUUCGUUUCUCAUUACUUGACUAUGUUAGAUUUUCUUAUUAACACAGAAAAAGAUGUGAGCAUCUUGGUUGAUAAGGGAAUUAUUAUGAAUAAGAUGGGUGAUGCUAAUGCAGUGGUUAAAAUGGUUAAAGAUCUGUGCAAAAAUCUUGUAGCGCCUGGACAGAAUCCAAAAUAUGUAUAUGUACGUAAAAUGUUAAAUGGCUUCUAUGAAAACCCUAUGAAUAAGUAUAAGGCUAUAUUUGUGCAUGAGUACUUCAACACUCCUUGGAAAAUAGCAUCAACUGUGGCUGCUGUAUUGCUGCUUUUGCUUACUCUUAUCCAGACUGUAUGUUCAAUCGUCUCACUCUAA